AUGAGGGAAGCUCAAGCCGGACUUAGUGAAGUAGUUAGUAAAUUGAUGGGCGACGACGCUAGUAGUGAAGGAGUGGGAAUGAAAUUAAAAGAGGAGCAAAAGAAAGUGGAUGCCGAUGUAGAUCGUUCACAUAGAAGCCGGGGUUGA